GAGAGAGAGAGAGAGAGGUCUCUCACUUAACAAACAAAUCAGCAGCAGAUCUGCGGGCAUACACAAACACACGCAGGUUCUGUCCUUCCACCUGCCGCGGGAGACACUUUGAUGGUCGCAGUAGGUUAAAUUAACCGGAUUACCGAGACGGACGCGAACUCCGCUCGGCUUAAUUUUAACGCGGACUUGCGACGAUAUCUAUGCAUUAUUUAGACUGAAAUAAGCAAAAAAUGACAGAGCUGAGACGGCGAGGAGGAGGAGGAGGAGAUCCUGACAGCACUGAAAACAUCAGUGAUAAGGAGGCAGAUGGAGAUGACAGGCUUGCUUUUCCCGGUGAAGGGGAAGGAGAAAUGGAGGGCGACUCCAAAGCGGACACACCAGACGUGCCACCUUCCAAUGAUAACACUCCACAGUGUCUCAACAAAGCCCUGGAGGGCUUGUCAUCUAGGUGGAAAAACUGGUGGAUAAGAGGCAUAUUGUCAUUGACAAUGAUCAUUGGCUUCUUCCUCAUCAUCUAUUUGGGACCCAUUAUGCUUAUAUUAGUGGUUAUGGGUGUUCAAAUAAAGUGUUUUCAUGAAAUUAUAACCAUUGGCUACAGAGUUUACCAUUCCUAUGAUCUGCCGUGGUUUAGGACUCUUAGCUGGUACUUCUUGAUUUGUGUGAACUACUUCUUUUAUGGAGAGACAGUGGCUGAUUAUUUCGGUGCACUCGUCCAAAGGGAGGAACCUCUGCAGUUUCUUGUGCGUUAUCAUCGGUUUAUUUCUUUUGCACUGUAUUUGGCAGGUUUCUGCAUGUUUGUACUGAGUUUAGUGAAGAAACAUUACCGCCUGCAGUUUUAUAUGUUUGCUUGGACCCAUGUGACCUUGUUGAUUGUGGUGACUCAGUCACAUCUGGUUAUUCAGAACCUGUUUGAAGGAAUGAUCUGGUUUAUUGUUCCCAUCUCUAUUGUAAUCUGUAAUGACAUCAUGGCCUACCUGUUUGGCUUCUUUUUUGGAAGAACUCCACUGAUUAAGCUCUCCCCAAAAAAGACCUGGGAAGGAUUCAUUGGGGGAUUCUUUGCAACAGUGGUCUUCAGUUUCUUUUUUGCGUACCUGCUAUCCCAGUACCAGUACUUUGUUUGUCCAGUGGAAUACAACAGUGAGACAAACCGUUUUGCGGUGGAGUGUGAGCCCUCAAAUCUCUUCAUGAUACAGGAAUACACACUUCCUGCAGUGGUGCAGAAUGCAGUUAGAUGGAAAACGGUGAACCUUUACCCAUUUCAGAUCCACAGUAUUGCGCUCUCUACGUUCGCCUCUCUGAUCGGACCAUUUGGUGGAUUCUUUGCCAGUGGCUUCAAACGAGCUUUCAAGAUCAAAGACUUUGCGGACACCAUUCCUGGUCAUGGUGGUAUAAUGGAUCGUUUUGACUGUCAGUAUCUGAUGGCAACGUUCGUUCAUGUUUACAUAACAAGUUUUAUCAGGUGA